CGCCCAGGUUGCAGCCUCUACUGUCAAUUAAUGGUAUCUGCAGACUCUACGAGCAACAUGAGGCUUUGGAGAUAGAGAGAGAGACAAGAGGACAUGGGAUAAACAUGGCUCUUCUCGUUUCUGUGUUGGUGCUCUCCUUCUUGCCGGAAGUGUUCCUUUCCCUAGGUUCUGGGGAAAACCCUCCACCGAUCUUGGUAACUGAAGGGGAACCCGUCUCCUUUGAGUGUUCCUUUGAUGGAUCCCCUGCUGUUGGCAAUCCAUUCUACGAGAUAAUCUGGAUGUAUAAUAUGACCCAUAAAAAUGUGUCCAAGAGGAUCCUGUCCUUUAGGAUGACUCGUCCCAAUCCCAGCGUCCCUGUCUCAGUCACCGAAGGCUAUUUUAGGGGUCAUUUAGACUUUGAAAAGAACACCAGUUGUCUCGUCAUCCCCGAGGUGUGGGUGAAUGACAGCGGCCUGUAUUACUGCGAAGUGAACACAGUGCCAGACCAUGUUAAAUCAAAAACAAACGGGACUUGUCUCAUUGUCACGGCCCCCCGAGAGAAUGUUCUGCUGAUCUCCAGUCUGACUGCUGGGCUACUUCUGUUCCUCCUUGCUUUGGGCUUGUAUUUUACAUUAAAGUGCCAAAUCCAGGCCAAGAAACCAGAAGCUUCUCUGGAAAUGUCCGAUCCCAUUUGCAGCACCCCUGCCCCUGCCCGGAGAGAGUCCUUUACACAGCCCGUCGGCAGUGAAAUGAUCUAUUCAAAACUGCAGUGGAGCAAGUCCAGUAUGGUGUCCUCUCCAGGGGGGAGCGCUCACUCUGGCGAGCCAGUGACAGAGAAGGAGCCCAGAGCGGGGAGCAGUGACCCAGGAACGGACACUGUGUAUGCCAUGCUUCAGGCACCGUGAAUGUAUUCCCCUCCGACGCAUGUAACACAAAUGUCUCCAGCAAACACCCCUUUUCUUCAGUGGUGUGACU